CACCCGCUUUUGGGAUCCCAUGCCAGUACUAAAAGCUCUCCCUUUUUCAGGCCUCUCUGAUGUGAUAAUAAAAUCGACAGUUGAGGGGAACAUCAAUUACAAGCUAAAGGGUUAGGUUUUAAGAAUUUUAAACUGAUGGAGGAAGUAGAAUCAAAUGGAGAGCAAGUGAGAGAGGUUAAGGAAGGAAUGGCUUCAAUAGCUUUGUUACCAUGUGGGUCCAUCUCAGGCCAUUUCAUUCAGCUUCCUCACUCCAUUUGCUAUGGCCUUCAUGGCACUGAGUUGGCUUGUGAAAGGGAGUGCAGCAGGGGUGAGGAUUAUCGCCUGAUCAAGCUUACAAUCAUCGACUACAAUAGUGGGAAAGAACAAGCUGUUGUAGUUGAGUGUAGAGGCCAUGAUGCUGCUCGCUUCCAUAACAUUGAUCAUGCUCAUGGCUGGGAAAAGGAUGUUGUAGCUAUGGCAGAAGAAAAGCAUGGGAAGAAAAAGAUUUUUGUUUCAUUUGUAUGUGAGACAUUGAAAGCUGAUAAAGCUGCAGAAGAGCAUAUAAGGAAGUUCAUGCCAAAAUUAGCCGGGCUAGAUGCUGUUGUCAAUAUCGGGAAGAUGAGGAUUUCGGGGCUGGAUUUUGAAGCAGAUGACAAGAACAUGAAAGACAUUAUGAUCUGACACAUUUAUUACGCAUGAAGGCAUUUUUGUAGAUAGCUGUUACCAUAGGUUGACGAGGUUCUUUACCCAAGGAGACCUGCCUUUAUUACAGUAAUUGAAACUCUAUUUACCUGUCUGCUAAUGUUUAGUCUUCUAUUUGAUGAUUUUGAGUGACAA